AUGUUUGGUUCUCAAAAACAGAGUCUUGCUUAUUGCAACAAUCCGGAACUACACUGCAGCGGCAAAGCGAAAGUCUGUUGUAAGUCAGUUAUUCCUUCUAUUGGCGAGCAACUGCAGCCCAUUCAGUUGGGUGUGGGUGUUCCUGGCGGUUGCGAGUCUUCUGUCCAUGCCUGUCGUUGUUUUAUUCACGGUUCUACUCGUUCCAAUAUUUCCCUUGCCUUAUUGAAACUGGAUGUAACUAAUGCUUUCAAUUCUCUGGACCGUGGUCAUAUGUUGGAGGUCUGCCAAGACCGUGUUCCACACUUGCUUCCCUUUAUAUCGCUUUCGUACUCGCUUCCAUCACUUUUAAUCGCCGGUGGUUCUUUCAUUUCUUCGUCCUGUGGCGUCCAACAGGGGGAUCCUUUGGGCCCAUUACUGUUCGCUCUUGCCGUGGAUGCCAUUGCCCGCGUUAACGAAUCACCCCUUAAUCUUUGGUAUCUCGACGAUUGCACCCUUGGCGGUCCGCCUGAUGUUUUGCUAAAGGACUUAGCCAGUCUAAUUCCGGCUUUAUCCGACAUUGGUCUGGUUAUUAAUUCCAGCAAGUCCGAGAUUGUCAAUCUCUCUGUUGAGCCAUCCCUGUUUAAGAACUCCUUCUCUCUUUUUUGCAAACUCCUUCCUGAGUUGAGACAGACACCUCUGUCUGAUCUGGAAAUUCUGGGGUCACCGAUUCUCGCCGACUCAGCUACACGAAUCCUGCUUGCCAAAAAAAAUCUUAUUGCAUCUCUUUGUGAAAAACUUUCUGUCAUUGAUUCUCAUCCUUCAUUCUACAUCCUCAAGAACUAUCUUUUGAUCCCAAAAAUUGUUUAUAUCCUGAGGAGCUCACCUUGUUUUUAUGCCACCCAAAUGCUGGAAUCUUAUGAUUCCUUGGUUCGGAGGUCUGCGGAGAAAAUUCUCAAUGUGCAUUUCGACGAUAUUGCCUGGUGUCAGGCUAAACUUCCUGUGAGUCACGGGGGUCUGGGCCUCCGUUCCAGUAUGGAUUUGGCUCUUCCUGCCUUUCUUUCUUCGGCGUCUGGAUCAUAUCUUCUUAUCCAAAAGAUUCUGGAAAAAACUACUGAAUCAUCGUUGGACUCGGAUAUUGAUUCGGCCCUUGCUCUUUGGAAACGCAAUUUCUCUGAAGUCCCUUCCGAUGUCUUUUCUCAGCGAGACUGGGACAAAAUUCUUUGCCGUCGAUCUUCAACUGACUUGGAACCACUCCUCGACCAACACAGACUGGCUUGUUUCCGUUCCGCCUGUCAGCCAUACUCAGGCUCCUGGCUGAAUGUACUCCCUUCUCCGCUUUUGGAUACUGUCCUCGAUAGGGAUUCACUCCGUUUGGGUAUCUGUAAUCGCCUUGGACUCCCUGUCUGCAGACCUCACCCAUGUCGUUGUGGAGAUAAAGUUGACGCCUUUGGGUUACAUCCUCUGUCUUGUCGAAUGAGCCCCGGCCGAUUUCCUCGGCACACCGAAAUCAACAAUCUAAUUCACAAAGCUCUGGAAAGAGCUGGUUUCCCCUCUAUUCUGGAACCGACGGGCCUUGUUCUUGAAGAUGCAAAACGUCCAGACGGCUGUACGCUUUUCGCUUUUGAAUCCGGGAAGCAGCUCGUGUGGGACGUCACCUGUUCUGACUCUUUCGCCAAGGGUGCCUUAAAUGCUACGGCUUGUCGACCCGGUUCGUCGGCUGAGAUGGCCGAAUUCACAAAACUAACGAAAUACGACGAUUUACGCGAUCGAUUUUGCUUUUGGGCAAUUGCCGUCGAAACUUCCUGUAUUGUUUCUGAACAAUUUAGUGACAUUGCCCGAGUUCGGAAUUGCAUUAUUGCACUUACUAGACAUAAAAUGCCUGUUUUUGACACUGCGGUUGACAUGGCUUACGAUAUUUCUGCGGAAUUUGCUGUUUUCUGUUUUAUUUGA